CGUAUUCGACUCAGUUUCAGUUCUCGAGCGCAAGCCAACCCAGGCAAAUGCAAACAGCUCGUAUCAGCGCGAUUUACUUGUCGAUCCAAUGUUGGUCCUACACGUUCUGUGUCUAGGCUUAGUAGGCGCGCAUCUGGCCGCAGCAGCCGUGCAUCAAUCAAUUCAGGAUGCGCGACGCGCGCACCAGCAGCUCGUGCAGCGCUAUAUCAAGACACUAAAUAAGGAAGAGGGCGCCAUACGUCUAGUUGGCGGCGAUGCCGAGUAUGAAGGCAACAUUGAGGUGCUGCACAAUAACAAAUGGGGCGCCGUUUGCGAUGAUGAAUGGGAUGGCGCUGAGGGCGAGAUCGUGUGCCGCCAAUUGGGCUUCCUUGGGCUGCGCCGCUUCACCCACAGCGGCUACUUUGGGCCCGCGCGGCGUCGCUACUGGAUGGACAAUCUUUACUGCGAGGGACACGAACAGGAGCUGACCGAGUGCCACUUUGAGGGCUGGGGAGUCAACGACUGUGAGCCCAGCGAGGCAGCUGGCGUUAUAUGCCAUCCGCCAAUGGAUGCCGUUUGGCCGCCGCCAGCCGCCUUUGAGGAUGAGCGCCAGCUGCCCAAGUAUCCCAUACAUCCCAGCUCACGUCUGUAUGUGAGGCUGCGCGGCGGUCGCUCAAGGAACGAGGGACGCGUCGAGGUGCGCAUUGACGGCCAGCGCUGGGGCAGCAUCUGUGCGGAUGGCUGGUCCAUGCUGGAGGCGAAUGUGGUCUGCCGUCAGCUGGAUUUGGGCUACGCUCGCGAAGCCUUUCAGACGGACUACUUUGGCGGCGCCAAUGUCUCCCGGCCCAUGCUCAGCGGCACCGAGUGCUAUGGCAAUGAAACAGAGCUGGCGGACUGCCUGCACCACAAUCAUUUGCGAGGCAUUGUGAGCUGCCAUGGCAGCAGGCAGCAUGUGGCUGCUGUGAUCUGUGACUAUCUGUCGCCCGAUUUGGUUGUGGAUUACUAUGAAAUAGAGCAAACGGCUCACCUCGAGGAUCGGCCCAUGCUACUGAUGCAGUGCGCCAUGGAGGAGAACUGUGUCUCCAACGAGGCCUAUCAAAUACAGCGCGACAGUCCCAACUGGCGUUAUCAGACGCGAAGAUUGCUCAAGUUCACAGCAGCCGCAAUCAACGCUGGCAACACCGACUUCAGGCCCUUCAAGGAGAAGAGUCAAUGGGAGUGGCACAUGUGUCAUAUGCACUACCACAGCAUGGAGGUGUUCGCUACCUUUGACAUAUUCGACUUAGAGGGGCGCAAGGUGGCACAGGGUCAUAAAGCUUCGUUCUGCUUGGAGGACAGCAGCUGCCUGCCAGGUGUUGCCCGGAAGUACAACUGCGCCAACUUUGGGGAUCAGGGAAUCUCUGUCAACUGCUCUGAUGUUUAUCUAUAUAAUCUGGACUGCCAGUGGGUAGACAUAACCGAGUUGCCACGCGGCUCAUAUAUACUUAAGAUUGCCAUCAAUCCGGAAUUCAAGGUGGCCGAGAUGAGCUACGACAACAACGCUGCCAUUUGUGACCUUUCGUACGCCGAGAAUUAUGCGCGCGUUGACAAUUGUCGUCUAGCGAGACCUUAAAGCUGCCGACUUUAAAAUUUGAACAGUGCCAAAUAUUAUGAUUAGCGUUAACCGUAAAUGUGUUUGUAUUAUGCGACCUAUUCUCUUUUUUACCCAAAUAAAACUGCACAUGUCUUGAGGUCGUCUCGAAGUACAAA